AUGCUGCAGUGCCUGUCUGUCUCCCAAAGCUUACAAAAAAGGCAAGGUGUGCUCAUGUGCCUGGUCAUGCCGGGGAAUGUUCCUACACUUGAGAAGGACAGAAACGUCUCUGUAGCUGGGCGUCCAAGGGCUGUAGGCCCUGCCUCUUCUGUGCCUGGGAAUCUACCCCAUUCUCGUUUUCAUAUUCUGUGCAUUCUCACUGACCACCCCCAGUUGCUUUCUUCCAGCUUUUCCUUUCUGGCAGGGAUCCAGGGUGCAGCAGCUUGUUUCCACUUACAGCUUGCUUGCUUGGUGAGAUCCCUGGGCUCGUUUCCCUGGCUUCCAUGCUUCUGCUGCCCCAUGGUCUAUGUACUUUACAUAAGUUCUUUCACGUUUUUGGUGUCCAUUCUUCCAUCUCCGAGCCCAGCCCGUUCUGAUAGCUCACACACAGACACACACAUGCACUCUUAA